UAAUAAGUAUUUUGAAAAUAGUUAGUAAAUGGGAAAUGUAUGGAAAACAGUAGUGACAGUGAUGUGGAGUACACAGUCUCACAACUCAUCCCUACUAUAAAACAUACAAUAAAUGUGAACCAUUAGUGACAUUCCGGUGCAUAAAAAAUUGAGACUUAUAUUAGUUGAGUCCAUAAAUAAGUGUUAGUAUUAUAGUAAGCCUUCACUCGCUUUUUAUAUCACAAUUCAGUGGGCAUUCAUUUGAUGUUUUAGUUUUCAAGGCUUUUAGUGAUCAGAGUUUGAAUUCAUUGAAUUCAUUGCACAUCUCUUUAAAAUAAAUAUUUUUCAUUUCAUUUUGAUUUGCGAUUUGAUUUCCCCAUUCAAAGUAAAGCAUCGAUUAUGAGUUCGGAMGCGUUCGUAACUCUGGUCACAAAUGACACCUAUUCUUUGGGUGCAUUGGUUUUGGCCAACUCUUUGCGGUCAACAAAAACGAGGGCAAAAUUGGUAGUUCUCGUCACACCAGGAGUUACUGAUCACAUGAGAAAUAAUCUCCAAUCGGUGUUUGAUUUGAUAGAAAAUGUAGAUUUAAUUGAUAGUAAAGACACUGAGAUAUUAGAGGCAAUGAAGAGACCAGAGUUGGGCGUCACUCUCUCAAAGAUUCAUUGCUGGCGUUUAACGCAAUACAAUAAAUGUGUGUUUUUGGACGCAGACUGUCUGGUCAUUCAAAACAUUGAUGAACUCUUUGAAAAAGAGGAACUGUCAGCAGUUCCAGACAUCGGAUGGCCUGAUUGUUUCAAUUCAGGUGUUUUUGUAUUUGUGCCAUCAGAUCAUACAUUUAGAGGUCUGCUUAAAGCUGCCAUUGCUAACGGAAGUUUUGAUGGCGGAGAUCAGGGUCUUCUCAAUACAUAUUUUUCUGAUUGGCGAACAAAAGACAUUUCUAGACAUUUAUCCUUCAUUUAUAACAUGAGUUCAAUUGCUGUUUACUCAUACCCUCCCGCUUAUAGACAAUUUGGCAAAAAUGUAAAAAUUGUUCAUUUUUUGGGUUCAUUGAAGCCAUGGUUAUAUGCAUACAGUGUGGCAACAGGUCAGGUAUCUCAACCAAAGAACAAUGAAGGAAUGCAUCAAUUAAUACACGUUCAGAACUGGUGGGAUAUCUUCAUGAGUAAAGUACAACCAUUACUAUCUACUGAAGAUGCAGGACUGGCAUCCAGUCUUUCACAAAUUCAUUUGUCUAACGAAUACCCGGGCUUUGAGGGCGAGUCAGGUGAACAGUUAGGUCGACAACAUGCCUGGGAAAGGGGACAAAUAGACUACUUAGGCGUCGACUCAUUCGCUAACAUCCAGAAGAAGAUAGAUGAGGCCAUAAAUACCMGAAUUGGUCACUAAUUAGUGAACAAAUUCAAUAUCCAUAAAACCAUUGGUGUCUUAUUCUAAGUGCCUUUAAGUUCACAUUAAUUCUUUUAUUUGCUUUGAAAUUGUCGUUUGAUAUCAAUAUUUAUAGUUUUCUGAUCUUAUUUUAAUAAUUAUUAUAGAAUUUUCUAGAUUUGUGUGCAAAUUGUUUCACUUUUA